AUGGACGAUUUAAAGUUCCAUACACAUUCACACGAAAAUGGAUUUGAAAAUAGAAGAGAUAUGACAGAUACCCAGGAAGAACGAGAUCCAAAUUUCGUUUCGAAUGGUCGCAUCGAAGAGGAAAUCUUCCACACUCUACACAUUUACGGCAUCAACACAGAUGGGAUGCGAAGCCUUUUCAAGAACGAUGUGCUACAAUUCUCCAAAACCAUAGUCGAACGAUACUAUAAUGCUCUCAAGCCUUCUACAACUCUCCGCGAAGAAACUGUCUUUGUAGAAGAAGGUGAAGUGGAUCAGAAACGAAAAGAACUGUGCUCAACAGAGGCAUCGGAUUCCAAUGUUGAUGUUGUAAAUGGCUCCGUAUCCUCCAGCGUGGAGGAUUAUUCUUCUGCCGGCACACACAAGGAAAAGAAACGGAGAACGGAGAAAAAUAUAGAAGAUCCUCAUGGAGAAAUUAAGAAUAUUGAGCAGAAUACGAGUGAUAAACUUGGUGUAGCAGUUGAAUGUGAUGGAAAAUUGCAUAUUUCCGAUUUGGAUGAAGGUGAUGCCAAAAGCAUUUCUACCACAAUAUAUGAUGAAACACAUACAUUCUCGCCUUCAAACUGGGAGCAUUGUGAUUUUGAUGCCGCUACAGAAGGUAUAAAUGACUCAGAUUCUCUGGAGAUUUGUCAUGAAUAUGAGCACCCUUCUCACAAAGAAGGGGAUAUGGAUCGUAUCUAUAAAAGCAUAAACAAUGUAACAUAUUUUCAUAGCAACAUAAACCAUUUGCCAAAGUUGUUCAUCCUUAAAGAUGCUACGAUUGAAGACUUGGAUAAAUUAAACCUUGCAGUAGACGAUUUUUUCAAUAAAGAAAAUGAUGUAUUGCAUACAUUAUAUGUUGCAAAUGUAUGCUUAUACAACAACGUAUCAGUGUCCAAUUCUGUUCUUAUAGAAAAGAUGCUUAACCAUUUGAAACGCGUAAAUCUGGUAGAUCCUUUGGAUGAUUCAAAAAUUAGAAACCUAUAUUCUACUACUUUGGAUAGGCUUAUGUCAAUUAUAGACAAACUUCCCAUUUUAGGGUCUAUAAAAUAUUUGGAUAGUCUACUCUUCGUUUUCUACAAUUGUAAAUGUAUUAAAGAUGAAAUUUGGCCUAAAAUGCUAAAAAUUAUUAUGCUGAUAGUAAACCGGUGUGAGAUGCAAAAUUCUAAGGACAUUCUAUUUGGUAUUGCUAAAAAUAUUGGAAAAUUAUCAGAUGAGAACGCCAACUUUUUUGCAACAAUAUUUGAAUAUUUGGUGCAACACAUGUCUUCCCUGAAACAAGGCACAGAAUUUUAUAAUGAAACCAAACAUGUAUUGGAAAACAUGGUAGAUUUGGCCUUGUUUAACUCGGUCAGUGAUUCUGUUCUUGAUAAUUUUAAAGGAUUUAAGUGUCUCUUUGGGGAAGUGUGUAAUAACCUUUGUUCUCCAAAGAUAGCGUCAACUCCAUUUAUUGUACUGGAGUUAUCUCUAAUAUUUAUCAAGAAAUAUUAUUCCAAAAAUUCUGCAUCACACAUUAGACGGUUUUCUAUUAAACUUUGUUCGAUCGCUGCAACCUACAUAAUGCCAAUAUUUCAUGAAAUUAAUGUAAACUAUGCACAGCUUAUUGAUGAAUAUGUAAAAUAUUUUUCGGGUAAACCGAUUGGUUUGUUCAAACUCAAUGUAGUAUCUUUAGAAAAGGGUUUAGAAGUGAAAAAAUUUAGUAAACUAUUGGUAGAGGAUGUAAAAAGCUACACUCUGCAAUAUUUGUCUCAUGUAAAUAGCCAUAAUAUAGAUCGUAAUCACUGUGAAUUUGGUCACUGUAUUUUUUAUUUAGCCUUAAAAUGGCAUUUUUUUCUAGUAAAUCCGCAAGAAUCUUUCCAAGUCUUGCGAUUUUGUAAAAUGUUUAAAUUUUUGUUUGAGAACACAAAUGACUCCAAACGUACUCUUGAUAAUAUUGUGGAAAAUAUAAAUAUUGUCUCUCUUUUAUCUGGAAAUGUGCAAUUUUAUGGAGAUGAAGAAACGGAAGUUGCGUGGAAAAUACUAGUUUAUCACGUACUAAAUAACUUGUAUGAGUCUAUAUGGAAGCUAAUGAUAGAUGUUCUAUACACUAGUAGUGAAAAUGUCCUUUUAAAGACGGCAAUAACGUUUGUGUCUAGAAUGGUUGAAAAUUAUAGCACAUAUUUGUCUCUACCACUGAUCCAAGACCUAUUAGUUGCUUCAAUGGGUGACUAUAGUAUAAACGUUAGGGAGCAAGCUGUUAAAGUAUAUUUCACGUUCAUGGUAACAAAUCCCUAUAAUUUUAAAAAUUGUAUCAGUGAAAAUGUAAUAAAGAGACUUUUAUUGUGUACAAAAGAUGUUAACUGGCGUAUUAGGUUAUGUUCUACGAACAUUUUGCACAUGUAUCUUUCUCUGGAAACUAGUUUAGAAUCUCUAGAAAUUGUUUCUGCUAUAGCUGAAUAUACUUCAGAUUUUGAAAGGGAACAUCAGUCUGUUAAAAAUGCCUAUGUAAACCUGCUUGCGAGUUCAUUCUUCAUUUUCAACAAUGGUAAUUUUUUGGAUUCAAAUAAUGGGAAAAUGGAUUUGGAAAAGGUUAAAAUUAGCGAAAAAUUUGUAAAAAUUAUUCUUUAUAAAAUGGGAGCAUACAAGGGAAAAGUUAACCCUAUUGUAAUUAUGGUAAAUAACCUAAAAAAAAAUUUCAAGUGCGUGUCAACUCCUCUAGCAUAUUUUUCUGGUGCAAAGAAUGUAUAUUUUCAUACUAAUGGAAAGUCUUUAAAUGAAGGUGUGAAUGCCCUUCCAGAGGCAAAUCUCAAGUCUGUAAUGUCAACAGAUUCUAUAAAUUUAUAUAUUGACGGCAUAAUCGAAAAAUGGCUAAAUGUAUUGCUUGAUUUGUUUCUCUUUAAAAGAUCCCAAGGAUCAACGUAUCAUGAAUUAGCCGAGGUUUUGUGUGUUACAAAACUUGUGGGUGAGGUAAAUCCGAAAUUAUUUGCAACACACCUCAUUUAUUUUUUACCAUAUUUGAGAGUAGAUUCAGCAACAGUACUAGAUUAUAAUAGGAUAAAUAUCAUUAUUCUCGUUGCCAAUCUAGCUUCUAUGGUAUCUGCUAGUAUGAGCAAAGAUGACUGCGAUGAAACCACGUUAAGAGAUAUUGAUUCCAGUGUACAGAAACUGGUAGACUAUGACUCUCCUGCACUAACAAGGGCUAUCAUUCAGUUGCUAGCUUCAAAUGCUAAAGUUAUUUCAUAUGGUUUCAGCGAGCACAUUGAACCUAUUUUUACAACCACAUUUUCUAAUCUGACAAGCAUUAAAAAUAUGUUCGAAAACUCCAAGGAAAAUAUGCACAUAAUUUCCAAUGGAGAAAUAUUAAAGAAUGCAUGGAAACUAGCUUGUAUAUCUGAAUUUGUGGACUUUACAACAUAUCGAUUGAACGGAAUAUCCGAUCUUAGCAGUGGCAUAUUUGAACUUUUCAUAAAUUUGUCACUAUUGUAUCAUGAUUUAAAGCUUUGGAAUAUAUCUGGUAUGUUUGUUCAGUGUGUUGCUAGAUUCACAAUGAACACUGACAAUUUGAAAGCGAUUGACCCUAAAAGAUUGAAGGAUAUGCUUUUGAAAGUCCACAAUUGUUCAUUUACUCACAUUAGUACGAUAAAUUCUGGUAUGAUGCUCCUCUAUCAACUUUUAUCAAACUACCAAACUCUAUCAGGUGACUCUGUAUUCAAGGACCAUGUCGCUGCAUUAUUUACAGCAGCGAACGUAUUUAUUCGUACCUUUUCUUCCAUAAUAUCCCAACUGUGUUCACUCUACAAUGAAUGUUCCUCAACUCCUGAACAUGAAAAAAAUGUUGAGUUUGCCCCUAAGGAGAGUACAAAUGGUAUUGCUGGAUACGAGAAUUUAACAAAACAAUCCGACGUUUAUAUAGCUGGAAAUGACACACACAUGGAUAGAGUGAUGAGCAUGGAAAUCAUAGGAAUGAUUCUGGUAAAUAGGCUAACACACCCGGAGCUACUAUUACCAUUUAUAUUUUUACACAUGAUAUCCGAUGAUUUGAACCUGCAGAGAUUGGCAGAGCACAAUCUCAAGUUGGUGAUUAAGCAAGAUGUUAAUAUAUUUCUGAAUAAGCUCAGUAUGUGCUUCCAGAGCCUAAUGAUUUUAAUUGUGGAAAGCUUUUUCAAGUCGUGCAACUCUCCUGUUCUCGGAGCAUUUGGAGGCUCUACACAUGCGAGAAUGCACGGAUUCGUACGUAUAUACCUGGAAGUUUUGGAAGCAAAGCGAAAGAAUGCCCAGAGGUUUAUCAAGGCUUUAUUGGCACAAACGGUGGUGGUUUUCGAUGAGGGGUUCAAAACAAGAACUAUGAAUCUCAUAAGAGACAAAAGCAACUGGUCACAAGUGAAUGAAACCCUGGACAUUGGCCAAAGAUCCAAUAAGGGCAAAGCCUUGGGGAUAAAAAAGGUCACUAGAGACCUGCUUUGCAAGAUAAAGGACACUGUUGACGGAGAGGAGCGUAACGAAUAUGCCUUUGGAUACUUUUCAUGCCUCUAUAUCAACCUGGUGACUACCAUUCUGGACAAGUUACCUGUGAAGGACAAAAAGGACUCGCAAUUCAUCACUAGCAAUGUCAGAACCUUGGUAGACAACAGCAUCCAAAUCGUGGAUACCAACAAGGACCUCUUAAAGUUCAGGAACCGGCAAUUAGCGCAGCAUAGUAACAAGAUAAAACGCAUCUACAGGUGA